AUGGCGAAUAUUAAAGUGGCGGUGAGAGUCAGACCAAUUUCCCAGAGAGAAAUAAACGUUACGGGGUCGGAUGUUGUGGUUCACACGGGCUCGCGCGAGGUCUCCCUGACAAAUCUGAAGGUGUCGUCUAGCAAGGCUGGUGACAGCCGCGAACGCACGAGGAGAUAUUCCUUCGAUUACUGCUUCGAUUCGUCAGAUCCAGUGGCGGAAAAUUAUGCAAGUCAGGAGAGAAUUUAUUCGACACUCGGUGAAUCAGUGCUUGAGACUAUUUUUAGGGGUUAUAAUUCUUGUCUCGUUGCUUAUGGACAGAGUGCAUCGGGGAAGACGUACACAAUGAUGGGGACGAAGGAUGAUCCGGGGCUGAUACCGAGGAUCUGUAAUGGGAUUUUUGCACGUGUUGCUGGACGUAAUGAGACGAGCGAGGAGUCUUUCAGAAUUUCUGUGAGCUAUCUUGAAGUGUAUAACGAGAGGGUGAGGGAUCUUCUCAAGCCGUCGACAAGCUCAAACGGCCUCAGAGUACGCGAGCAUCCUCGAUUGGGUCCUUAUGUACAAGGAUUAACCCAGCAUCAAGUUGAAACCCUGAGUUCGUUGAUGUUUCGCGUGGAGGAGGGUACGAAAGCCCGCAAGACAGCCUCGACCCUGCAGAAUCCCACCAGCAGUAGAAGUCACGCUCUUCUAACACUUACCCUCGAGCCAUUCACCAGUACCGGGGUAGCCAGUGCAUCCGUACAAACGUCCAAAUCGUCGACGUCCAGCAACGUGAGACGACAGGACUUCACCCACGGCUGCAAGUUACACUUGGUCGAUCUGGCGGGCAGCGAGAAUGCGGCUGCUUGCGCCGGAAUUAAUCGUCUCAAAGAAGGUGCAAACAUAAAUAAGAGCCUAGUUGCACUGGGUAAUGUGAUCUCAGCUCUUGCGGAAAGAGGUAAUAGUGGAAAUAAUCCAGGAAGAAGAUUUAUACCUUACAGAGACUCGGCACUAACGUGGCUCCUGAAAGACUCACUCGGUGGCAAUGCAACCACCAUUAUGCUGGCAACGAUAUCGCCAGCAAGCGGAAGCUUCAACGAGACGUCUCACACACUGCGGUUUGCCCAGAGGGCACAGAGUGUUAUUAACAGGCCAGUGAUAAAUGAAGAUCCAGUUGCUAAGAUAAUACGGGAGCUGCGGGCAGAGGUUGCGAGAUUGAAAUCAUUGCUUUUGGAGAAGAGCAUCGAGCCACACACGGAAUUGAAGCAUCCGCCAUGCCCCUGUCAGUAUAACCAGGAUCGUCAGGACUUCGAGACCAGAUGCGUAUCAACGUCGACGUCGAAUUCACCAACGCCCGAUUCAGUAUCAUCCAACGUCAGUCUGACGAGACGACACAGUGCGAGCGAUUCAAUCACCCCUAAAUCAGAUACGAAUACUCCACCAAAGUGUUUUGGUUCACUCGAAAUAAUCGAAAAUAUCGAUGAUACUUCGUGCAAUUUACCACUGACAAAUUACAAUUGCGCCCGAAUAUCACAAUUGAUUGAAGAGGAAGUCAAUGAACCGGUUUUUGUCGAUAUACCAACGUUGGUGGCUGUACUCAUCAAGCCAGACGACAGUGUGCAAUCCAAUUCCCAUCAAAUCGAGGAGAUUUGUAGUGACACUGUGCCCGAAGAUUCAAUUGAAAAUGAAUUCGCCGGUUGUGUUGCGUCCAAGGCGAUCAAAAAUUUGGACACCGAGACGAUUGAAGCAGUGAAUCAUAAAAUCAAUACAAAUGGAGUUGACCACGGACCAAGUUUCCACAUUAUCGAGAGUAGUGUAAAGUCUUACACAAGUCGGAAGCCCAAACUCCGUAAACAACAGUCAACAGAUUCUAAUCUCCACGGAAUUACACCGGCAUUAGCGGCUUCGAGGAGAUACGGAUCUACGGAGACGUUGGGGAAGAGGUCGCAACCACCUGCGGUAGUGCAGAAGUUCCACCCGCCCCAGACAGCCGUCGAAAAACGUGUGAAUUCGGAUAAACCGAAGAAGCUCAACAACAUCAAGGAAAUUGACGACAAAUCCGAUUCAUCCCGACGAGAGGUUCCAACAAAACCCAGGCCCAAUCUAACCCGAAAGCCCAGCAUUGACAUUCUGAAAAGAAGAACGAGUAAGGACAGCAGUUCUAGUAGUUCUAAGGAGGAAGUGGGAAGUACAAAGGAGCGCAGAAGCAGUUUCGUUGAGUCUGAACAAUUGUCAUCAAAGCCACACACGAUAAUCCAACGGACUAGAAGAGCUGACAUAGUUGCUGCGGUUACGGAGAGGCUCUACUCGAGCAGAAAGACGAGUGAGGACAGCAACACGGCGUCUACACCGGCCUCGGACAUACGUUCCCCCGAGAAUUCGGAGGUGAAAAUUGCCAGUGCGACGAGAAUGCGUCUUCAGGAAAUAUCGCGAAAGAUGUUGGCCAAAAGACGACGUAUAUGUGUGGACACACAAACUGAUUCAGCAUCAACUCUCCGCUUGAAGGACAAAGGAAUCAACGUGCGAGAGCCCAAGGUGCUUCGUAAAGACGCAUCUGUGCUCACCGAUCGUCACGAGAAUUACGAUUUGCUGGAGCCCUGUGACAAGGUUGUUCGCCGUGUCAAAGAGAUGUCCACGUCAACGACAGAUGCCCCAGAUCUGCCACCUGUUUACUUCAAGGAUUCAGCUAACAUUACAGAUCACUGCGGCAAUCAUUGGGACACAAUGGAGUUGUGCCAGCACGAUUCUGGAAUACUUUACGAUGAUGCUCAUUUCGACAGUGCGGUAGAGAUGACCGAGAGCUCUAUGAAUACGAAUUUGCCAAUUGAACCGCCAUCCAGUGGAGUGCAAACCUCUGAAGAAGACACGAGAACUUGUUGCAAUGGUACGCGCCAUCCUUCGCAUCCUUGCCAAAAGGAGAUUAAGCCGUGCUGUCCGCCUAAGAUAAUCACCCCAAGGGGUGACCAUCAGCCUUUGACUCACGAUCACAGCCACGAUGAACACGCUCAUGACCACGGACACGAUCAUGUCGAUGAUCAUGAUCACAGUCAUCACGACGAAAGUGUUCACGAUCACAAGUCGCAUGAGCACGGUCACCAGCCGAGUCAUGCUCACGGUCAUGAUCACCACGAUCAUGAUCAUCAUGAUCACCAAGAUCAUCAUCCUCAUCACCCUGUGGUGAAGUCCUGCUGUCCCCCGGAGGUUCAUUCCCCCCACAAACACAGCGCAGACGACUGCGACAAGAGUGUAAUCUCCAUAAAUCUUCCUGACAUGAUAAACAUCACGAUCCAAUCGCCAGUUGUGCUCGAAUCAAAGGUCAAAGUGUUCGACGGUAAAGAUUCACGUCAAAGCGAUACAAAGCGCGACACAGAAACUCAGACUGAUAAAAAAGAUGCACUUGAGAUCGGCACGCUGACCGAUGAGAUUUCAAGCCGUCCGAGAAUGCGCGAUUCGUCUACGACAACAAUAACCAGACCCAGUGGCAGUCAAACUGACGGCCGUACUUUCAGAAUUGAAAAUAUAUUCCAGGACCCACACGGCAAUGGCUCAACAUCGAUUGACAUACACCCAGGCAUUUCAUCAAAUUAUUAUCAGCCCAACAAUUCCAUUCUCUUCACCAACUCCAUUGGUACAUCAUUCACCGUUGGAGGCCGAGAUAAUGAAAAAUUUUAUGACCCCGGACUACUGAGUCCAGUGGGUAGACGAAGAAAAUCCCUCACCAGCGAGUGGUUCAGCAAAGCCAGCUGUACGUGGCCAACAGCAUCAAGAUGGCGGAGUCAAAGUCCCCUGGGCAUUGCCCCCCGAAAUUACAAUAGCACUGACAAUUACACAUUAGCGUCCAAUUAUUUUUACAAACACGACGUGAAUACCAAUUCACCGUCGUCACGCAACAUCUCAUGGCGGGAGAAUUAUAACAUUAAUGUGUCCAAUGCUGUUGGUGAACAAAGGACUGUAACUAAACCAGUGGAGACAAAGGUCACAGAUAAAUUGCCAACGCUGAUGUGCCCCAGCGCAGGCGUCACAAAUGAGGGUCUGAGGUCGUCCUCCUUCAUCGGGAUGAUAGAUCGUAAGGGAGUUUACGAGCAAGAAACUAACUUUUCGGAUGACAGCCUGGACCCUAAGGACGAGAGAGCGAGACGACUUGCUGGCGACAUAAAAAACGUUUCUAUCGUGAAGAAUGAGAUUGAAGAUAGCGUGAAUGAUAAUCCAUGUCCUCCGGACGUUGUUGCACAUACAAAAAGGGAUAGUUGUGAUUCAUUGUUAUGCCCGGAGGAUACCGCUGAUUUCGAUGAUACGGAUAUUGAACUGCCGAGAACUAAAGUUAGUGGGCUAUCAGCGGAUUUAGCCCCUGUCCAGCAAUUUAAAUCAAUGAUACUGGGAGUACCGCUUGUCCCGUUGUUACUAAAUAGUGAAUGCGACGAUGAAAGCGGUCUUCAGCACAGAUCGCGUGACAAGAAACGCGUGUCCUUCGACGAUACUAAUGUCAUCAUUGAACCCGUGACAUCGCAGUUACGCGAUUACAAAUUUGCUGGGUCAUCGCGGUCAAUAAUGAAAUUGAAUAAUCCCGAGUCGGGGAAUGAGAAAAUAAGUUGGAAGCAGUCGUCCGAAUCCAAUCACUCGACGGGGUUGAGUUUUCGGAGGAGAACUGUUCUGGAUUGCGAUGACAAGUCUAAAAAAUCGAGCAGCAUCAUUGAGGAGUACUUGGACGAGGCGCUGGUAUUCAUGCGAAAUAUCAAUUCAAUCAACAAGUGCGUCACCAGUGGUGGCGAUACGAAUGAGAAGCCUCAGGUGAGGCACCGUAGGGAGACACUCGAGGCAAGUGCGUGCAGCCCUUACGAAAAAUGUUUGAGGAGCAUGGAGAGGCUUGAGCAGUGUCUCAGCAGGGUCAAGUGUCACGAGGAUGGGCUGGAUGUUAAAAGACGAGAGUCUGCUGAGGCUAAACACGGUUUAGCUGACUUCAGACAGGAUUCUCAGGUGUCUGUCAGCUCGACGGAUGACAUUAGCUUCAAGUACAACAACAACUACAGAGUUGACAGGUAUUUUUGUAGAUCUGAUGACACCGAUGAGGACGAGAGUGCUAACUUCGACUUUAAAACGCUUGACAGAUAUCGAAGGAUCAUCGACACUAGUAGAGUUAAGAAUCCGCCAAAGAAGCGAAGUCGUUCGCUGUCUUCGACUAGAGUCAGCGAUUGCGAAUUAGAUAAUGCUAAUAUUUACCCGAAAUUGGUGGGUGAGAUUGACGAGGAUGCACUGAUUGCGAGGGUUAAGAAAUCCCUACCAUCACCUAGGUGUACAAUAUCCAAGUACGAUUCGUCUGAUGAAAGUUCAAGCUCCGACGAGGCGCUCGCUGCGUUUAUGGAGUCUAUCGAUAAGGUUUCUCGAUCGAAAGACAAAUUUAAAUAUCCAGCGAGUCCGCGAGUCAAGUUUCUCCAAUUACUCAGCGAGAGACGGAGAAUUGUUGAGAACAGUCGAAGCACUGGCGCAUCUUAAUUAAUGUUAUUAUCGAUAAGUGAGUAUACGAUUGUUUUAUUUUCUCUCUCCGCCUUCGGCACCCCCUCAAAUCAAUUGAAUAUUCAAUAUUGAGAGAGGUUGGGUAUUAGUUUUUAUACCUUCAAUAAGGAAUAGUUAUUCUAUCGUGAAUUUCACAGUAAAUCCGUGACCUGCAUUAGUCUUCGGAAAUUACAAGAUGAAUUGUAUUUUUGUAUUCAAUCGAGUGAUGAAAAACCAAAGAAACUACGACGUGUUAUUGAUAACUCAUAAGUAUCGUUAAUCAUUGAAAUGUGUAACAAUUAUUUAAUGAGAUAAUUCAACUAAUACAAGACAUACCUGUACAUACAAUAAAUUCAAUCUUCUCUUC